UUGGGAAUAUUCAGGAUUUCGGAAUUUCAGUACUAGCUCGUCAUCAAAACAGCGACAACUGUUAAAUUUUUGCGUGAAACCGAGUCGAUAGAAAAUAAAUUAAAACAAACAAAAUGGUUCGCCGUGGACGUUCAGCCAGCCCCCCGCCCUCCGCUCGUCGCACCGCACCUGUGCAGGCCCGAGCCCCCGCUCCGGCAGCCGCCGCCGCCCCUGUGCCGGCUCGUGCCGCUGCCCCGCCCCCACCGCCGGCGCCCAUGAGCGCUCCCCCCAGCGCCGUCGGCAUGCCGGCACCCCAGCAGCCAUCGAUGUUCCAGCAGAUGGCAGCCACCGCCGGCGGCGUGGCCGUGGGCUCAGCCAUUGGACACACGGUGGGUCACGGACUGACCUCGCUGUUCAGCGGGUCCGGCGACAAGGAGGCAGCUGCCCCGGCUCCGGCGGCAGCCGCUCCCGCCCCCCAGCAGCCCUACUUCGCCCAGCAGCAGCCCAACGAGCCGCAGGGAGCCUGCGCCUGGGAGCUGAAGCAGUUCAUCCAGUGCGCCCAGGGUCAGGCGGAUCUGACCCUCUGCGAGGGAUUCAACGAGGCGCUGCGGCAGUGCAAGCAGAGCCACCAUCUCCAGUAGAGGACCGAGGAGGACCCAUCCCCGGAUGAACCCCUCGGAUCCACCCCAUCCGACCCCUUCGUUUAGUUCUUAAUUGUUUAAUCACAAGCAUCUAAAAGAGAGCAUUGUUUAUAUGUAGUGCAAAAUGAAAUGUUGAAUAGAAAAUCCCAUUGGCAGCCCAAUUUGUCCCUUUUUCCCCAAAAAAAAAUAUACAUACUUUUUGAAAACUUAGACCCACGGGCUGUCAGUGCGGGCCAAAACAAAACACA